AUGAUAUCGACCACCCUCAUGACUUUCUUACUAAUUACCAAGCCCGAGGUCCGCUCGGUCAAACUGCUGGGAUCAUGGGACAAUUUUUCAAGGAAAUAUGUCAUGGAACGAGAUAGUCGAGUCGGGCCAGGGCAUUGGAGAGGAUGCCAUACUUUCACCGACAUGAUCGGUGACGGGCCCGACAAGACGGAAUGGCGAACGGGAGGGUUGAAGAUGGGUGGCACUUACUGGUAUUACUACUUACUGGAUGAUGAUGUGGAGUACUUCAACGAGGCAGAGACGGUCACUACCAUGUGCCCUCUGCUCCCAGGACAACCUGUUAAUGUGUUGAAUGUUCCGAUCAUUUUGCCCGAUAGUCGGGCGCAUUCACGCUCAGCGAGCGGUAGCUCUCAAACAUCAGAGCAUCUGCGAACUAUGAAUCCGGAAGACAAGUUCAUGAACCCGCGCAAACCACCACCUCAGCCCCAACCUCAGCCCGUGCGCCUUCAAACUUCUGCGUCGGUCCGUCGCAUUCCAAGCCCAGGACAGUCGAGCAAAUCUCCGAUCAGUGGAAUCCACAGAAGUGCAUCUCAGCCGUAUAGUGCGACGCGCAAGGGACACAAGAAAGAUUCACGCUCGAUGUCUCCGCCUAGGGCCCGUGCUCUGAUGGCUGCUCUACGACAGCCAACAGAGGCGGACCGAAAGCUCGAAGCAGCUUCCUGGGCCAAGGGCCCAAGAAAAUCGCCGCAACAAGGAGAGUUCACAGAGAAGCACCGCGAUGUCCCAGGGAUCAAGAUCAACGCCGGAAUUGCCAUCCCAUCAUCUGCCGCCUCUCCCAACAAACCCGGUCCCGCUGUUGGUCCUUCCACGAUCCAAAGUCGCCGCGCCAUGAAAGGCAUGGGCGGAGACGCAGCGCCGGGUCGUCUUCUCACAGUGCAGACCCGACCAGAGCCUCGUCAACCGAGUCCUUCUCGUGGCCAUGGACCUCUCAAGAAUGCGGCAUUAGAUGAGACCCGCGCCAUGAGAGAGGCGCUGAAGGACAUCGCCAGCAACAGCGAUUUGCCCACGCCAACGGCUGCGUUCAAUCGAGAGAGCAAGAAAGAGAAGAGGCUUCCAACCCUCCCCAACACCCCAUCCUCAGUCAUGGACGAGGCAGUCCGAGCCAUCGACGAAAGAGACAAAGCGGAGGAUGAACAAAUCCCACGCAGCUACUUCUCCGAAAUGACAGUCUCAACGGAAGAUUCCACUCAUUCCCGCUUCAUCCCCGAGCGGAGUCGAUUCUCCGAAUGGAGCACCGACACUGAAACCGAGUACAACCCCCGUGAAUCAACAAUGACAACCUCAACCUUCAGCCACCAGGAUGAAGAAUCCUCCGACGAACGCUGGAAAACGCCAGACCUGUCGCAGUCCGGCGACGGCGCAACAAACACCGACCCCAACACCCCCCACCUCACCGUCCACUCCAAGCCAUCCUCCCCCAACUCCGCCUCCGGAGAACUCCCUCCAUGGAACGUCUCCCUCCCCCAACUCACCGUCUCCCUAUCCACUCCAGGCAUCGACCCAGGCCUCGGCAUCGAAGGCAUGGACGAAGUCGAAAGCAACCCCAAGCGCCACGCGGCUCUCUUCAGCGCCCUCGAAUCCAUGGAAAACCUCUCCAUGUCGCACAGCCCCGUCGACUCCCCCGUGAUGAUCCCACACAUCCCCAAAGACCUCAAUGCCCGCAAGCUGUCGGAGACGGAGCGGAAGAUGAGCGAGGCUUCCCUUGAGCGCAUCCGCUCUCGUCGCAGUAAUGCCUCUUUCCAGGGGAAUGCUACCAUGCAGGAGAUGAUGGAUGAGCUCAGUUAUCUGAAGAAUAUGAUUCAGUCUGAGAUGGAUGGAACUCCUUUCUGA